AUGGAGGAGAAGGCAGGUUCCUCCGUCUACGCAUUCAAGAUGACAGAAAUUGGAUCCUCGGCGCGGCUCUUUCUGCUCGGACUGCUGGUGUGCCUGCAGCUCGGCAGAGCUCCAGCUCACACUCCCCGCACGGCAGUGGACCAGGUGUCCGAGGCCGACAUCCAGCGGCUGCUUCACGGCGUGAUGGAGCAGCUGGGCAUCGCUCGGCCCCGGGUGGAGUACCCUGCGCAUCAGGCCACGAACAUCGUCGGGCCUCAGAGCAUUCAAGGUGGUGCUCAUGAAGGCCUGCAGCACCUCGGUCCUUACGGAAACAUCCCAAACAUCGUGGCUGAGCUGACAGGCGACAAUGUUCCCAAAGACUUUAGCGAUGACCACAGCUACCCAGACCCUCCAAACCCCUGUCCCCUGGGAAAAACGGCUGGAGACGGUUGCUUGGAAAAUGCUCCGGACACGGCUGAGUUCAGCAGGGAGUUUCAGAAACACCAGCACCUCUUCGACCCAGAGCAUGACUACCCCGCUCUGGGAAAGUGGAACAAAGAACUUUUAUACCAAAAGCUGAAGGGAGGAUCAAAGAGAAGGAAAAGGAGCAUCAACCCUUAUUUACAGGGUCAAAGGUUGGACAAUGUGGUCGCCAAGAAAUCUGUUCCCCAUUUCUCAGAAGAAGAAGAAGCAUCGACCACCACGGCUCCCAGCAAACCUGCAAUCUGAAAUUUGGGAAAACUUGGAAAAUGUUUUCCUCUCAGAAAAAUGUUUGUAGGCUGCACAUUCCAGGAUUUGUUUCAUUAGUCAUUGGGACAGUGUUUUCAGCAGAAACACUGCAUUUUCAUUGACUUAAACGUAAAAAUGUGCCAAGAUUUAUCUGGUGAUUCGCCUAAAGCACGGGUGUCAAACUCAAGGCCCGGGGGCUAAAUCUGGCCCGCCGUAGCUUUUUAUGUGGCCCUGUAAACUCCAAAUUACAUCAAUUAGUCCCUCCAGUUUUUCACAAAUCUGCAAAAUUCAUACAAAAUCUACAGAUUCUCACUUUUUUUUCAGAUUUUUACGGCAAAGUUUUCUCAAAAUUGCCCCAAAACAUUGAGUUUAAGUGACUGGUACCUCAGCUUUACCUGAUGAGCUACGGCGAUUAAUAAAAAUCCACAUUCAACGUCAUAAAUAUCAUUAAAACUUUUUACAAAUAUUUCUAAAUUGGCACCACAAAAACGAUCUCAAAAUCCUGGAUGAUCUGAUCAGUGUGAAAAGAUGUUAAAUAUUUAAUUUUAAGAAACAAACAGCUAUUUAUUGAAAUUUUAACAGUUUAGUGGGUCUUUAUUAAUACAUUCUGGCCCUUUAAUAACAUUCAGACUUUUGAUUUGACUCAAAAUGAAAAUGAGGUUGACACCCCUGACUUAAAGUAUCUAAAUGUUUAUAUCUGAAGCUCAAAAAUAAACAAGUGGGCAUAAAAACAGAAUAUUUUGGAAAGACAAUGCUAAAGUCAUGUGCAACUUUGCUUUAGAAAUUUGGUAACAGGAAGUGGAGUCCGUGUUAAAACUGUUUUGGUAAAUAUUUAAAACUAAAUUUAGAAGAAAGAAAAUUGAUUCAAGAAUCCUUCAGCUGAUUAAGGUUGAUGUCGUUAAAGCUAUCACUGAUCUAAGAGCCCAUAAUUACAGAUUCAAUCCAGAAUGUGUAAAGUUUUAUGAAAGAUCUGGAGGUUAAAUUAUAGCUUAUUUAUUCACAGCAGUACAGAGAACAGUUUUACAAAGUUUGUUAAAAUUUUAUAAUUUGUGUGUCUCUUCAACAUCCUUAAAUCUCCUUUUAUUUAAAAUCUGCUUAUGAACAUCUUCACUCCGCCAUGACAAAUAUUUUUGAGCUUUUUCUCUUCAGGCUGCAGCGACUCUUAUCUUUGUUUACCGGUUCUUGUCAAAAUGUUUGUCUUCUGUUUUUGUUCUGUAAAGUCAAAUAAACGACUUAUCUGCA